AUGUCUGUGCCGAUCAGGCAGGAGGCUCCAAAGAUGCUGGGUAUCAUGUGGACAUUCCAGGUGAUCGCAUUCGCACUCGUCGGCCUUCGCCUGUAUACUCGUCUGGUUGUGCUGCACAGUUAUGGGAUUGAUGAUCAUUUCUUCAACUUUGCAGUUUUCUGGCUCUUUGUCUAUGUCAUACUCAUGACUGUAGCAGCAUGCUAUGGUCUCGGCCAGACAAUGACUGAUCCGGCAUCUUUCGCAACAUCUCGCGCUCUAUUGCUUGUCGCUGUCGGCCAGACCGUCACCGCCGCCGCCGUCAUAUCAAUCAAGAUAUCUAUCGCGUUUUUUCUGCUCCGUAUCGUCGGCGUGAACACAGCCCACCGGGUAGCCAUCAUCGUUCCCGUGGCCCUCAUGGUGCUGUCUGUCUUCGUUGCGGCUUGGCUCAUCUGGUUCUCUUGUACACCCGUGAGCUACGUGUGGGACAUCACAGUUCCCGGGGGCCAUUGCGACCCUAUCACACAGUUUUGGGCAGGCUUGGUAUCUGGUGUGAUGAUCAUCGUCGUCGAGCUUUGGUAUGCUUCGUUCCCAUGGUAUCUGAUACGGGGUUUACAGAUGCCGAGGAGAGAGAAGAUCUUGAUAGGCACUAGCAUGAGCGUCUCGUACAUCUCCGCCGUUUGCGGUGUAUUCCGUCUCCUCAAUCUACUGAAACUGGCAGAUGCAGACGAUAGUGACUUUCUGUUGACCAUCGUCGACAUCCUGAUCUGGCAUGCUGCGGAUGUUACUACUCAACUUCUCUGCAUUGGAGUCACUGUCUGUCGGCCAUUGUACAAAGACUGGCUCAACCGCGUUGCCGACCACAUCGAAGGUGUCUCAAAUCCGGCUACAGACACCAAGCAAGACUCAACGUAUGGCGCCAGGAAAGCGCCCGAUCUGAUUGCGCUUCGCACAAUUGGCGGAAGCGCCAUGAAAGCCACGAGCGCCAGUGCCUCCUCGGACCACAAAAGAAGUAGCUUGGCACAGUCUUCGAGGAAGCCUAGCUCGACACCGAGGAGGAGUCUGGUAUUCCAAAGUGAUGCGACGAGCGAGGAGCCCACUCUAAUCGCGGCAGAAUCGUCCGAACCCGAAAAAACAAUUGCGCCUGGGCAGCGACUCCAUGUUUGA